AUGGCCAGAACCAAGCAGACUGUCCAUAAAUCCACCGGAGGAAAAGCUCUGAGGAAGCAGGUGGCUACCAAAGCUGCCCAGAAGAGUGCUCCAGCUGACGGCGGUGUGAAGAAGCCUCACCGUUACAGGCCCAGCACCAUGGCACUGAGAAAUAUCCGCCACUAUCAGAAAUCCACUGAGUUGCUGAUCUGCAAGCUGCCCUUCCAGCGCCUGGUGAGAGAAACCACUCAGGACUUCAAGACCGACCUCCACAUUCAGAGUUCCACUAUGAUGAUGCUGCAGGAGGCCAACGAGGCUGACCUGGUUGGCAGC